GUCGACUUGAAGGUCGCCCCAUCGGUGCCGAGGACGAUGACUUUCGAGAGAGCAGUAGUUGUCGGCUUGAGCGGCGCGGGCAAGUCAACCCUGGCCCAAUCCCUCGCGAACAAGUUGGAUUUGGUGUUUAUCGACACGGAUGCGUUGUUAUGGGAGCCAAAUUGGCAACGUGCCAUCGACUACGACGACAAACUGACCAAGGCAUGUGAUGGACCGAAGUGGGUGGUGGCUGGCGCUGACCACCUUGCGUUCGAUCGAGCGACGGCGGUUGUAUGGCUCGACUACUCUUUAUGGACCACGUUUUGGCAACUCUUUUGGCGGACGAUGAAGCGCUGUUGGACCCAAGAGCUCUUGUGGGGUACCAAUCGCGAAAGCAUUUGGGUGCAGCUCCAGCUGUGGUCCCCCAACUCUGUGUUCAAUUGGCUCUUCAAGAAUUACUGGAAUCGAAAGCGGGCCUAUCCAGGUCUCUUUGCUCAAUAUCAACACUUGACUGUGCAUCACUUCAAGACGCCGGACGAGACUGCCGCGUGGUUUCACAACUUGCACCCUUCCGCUAGGGUGACGAGCUAGGCGUUUGUGCAACUAAUGUGCUCCAUCCAUUGGAAAGAAUAGCGUUGUAGUAGAAUCAAGCCUCGAUUUCAACACGAUGUGGGGACAAAUCGAACCAGAGUGCAUCGAA